AUGGCCGUCAAAGGACCUCUUGUUGCAGCCACAACGCUUCCAUUCUUAACCCGAGAUGCAUACAGUCCUUCAGCUGUGGAUGCGGUCCCUGUGAAUGUGAAGUCCCCCGAGAGUAAACCAGCAUUUGAGAUUGAAGAGCAUCCGAUUGACCAGGUUCGACCGAUCAAAGUUGGUGUGAUCGGCGCUGGGCUAGCAGGCAUCACAGCGGGCGUGCUCUUUCCUGCCAAGUUACCGGGUCUGGAUUUGAAGAUCUAUGACAAGAAUGCAGACGUAGUACGUUAUGUUCCCUCCUUAGAAUGGUUCGAGAACACAUAUCCAGGUGUUCGAUGCGAUAUCCCGGCUCAUGUCUACCAAUCUGGAUUUGCGCCCAACACACAAUGGACAGAGGAAUUUGCCCAGGGCGCAGAAAUCCGCGAAUACUGGCAGGGCGUGGCGCGCAAGUACGACGUCUAUCGACAUCUACGGCUGCAGCAGAAGGUUGAGAGGGCGGAGUGGAUUCCCCAGCUUGCUAAAUGGCGUGUCACUAUACAGGAUUUGAAGAACAACAAGGUACCGGACCUCUUGUUCAUUAUCAGACUUGAACUGACGAGACGCAUCGCGCUGAUCGGCAACGGUGCCUCGGGACUGCAAGUGCUGCCCUCUAUCCAGCCACUGGCUCACCACGUUGACCACUACGCUCGCAACCGCACCUGGGUCGCCGAUUCAUUUGGCACCACCGGCGUGCGUCGGCUCGAGCCAAACAUUAUUCCUCCUGAGCAACGCGAAACCUUUAAGGACUCCGAGCGAUACCAGCAAUACCGCAAAUCUAUCGAACAAGGAUACUUUUCCCGCUUUGGGGCCAUUUUCAAAAACUCACCGGAAAACCUCGAACAGCGCGAGAAGUGGACGCAGUUGAUGCUGGGACGCGUCAUCGACAAGCCCGAAUUGGGUGACUUGAUCAUCCCCGAUUUCCCGCCCAACUGUCGUCGUCCCACGCCUGGACCGGGGUAUCUCGAGGCGCUGACCAAGCCUAACGUCAGCUAUAUCCAGACGCCUAUCCAGCGGUUCACCGCGGCGCAUCUCAACUAUCUGCGUCGGGAUCCCCGAUGGGAGGACUGGGAGUACACCUACACCAACCCCAGCGGCAAUCGGUUUGCGUACUUUGGCAAUGGAUGGACGACGCGAGAGACGAUGCAAAAUGCGGACUUGACGCCGCAUGUGCUGCGGCCGGAGGAAAUCGAUCUGCGGUCAUAUAUGGAGGGGUGGUGGGAUGUGUGA